UCAAGCAUUCUGGCACUAGAAAACAAAGAGUUCUGUGGCUUUUUAACAGAUAGAAAUCUUUUAGUUUUGUUUCAUGGAAAGCUCGAAAGGACCACAGAAUAAGACCUCAAUGGCUGACAUACUUGAUCAAAGCUCUUGUUCUGUUUGUCAGGCUAUCCUGAGAAUGUCUCAUGAGGGUUUAUAUUUGAGCAGUUGUAGAAUUCAUUCUUCUUCUCAGAUAAAACAGAGUAUCCUGUUUUCGACCGAGUGUAAAGCUUUGGAAAAACAAAAUGUGUUGCCGCAAGUGCAUGGUGAACAUCGUCAAAAUGAAAGCAUUCUUGACCAUGUAAAAGGAAAGGAAGAAAGCCAUGUGAGGAUGAAUGACACGAUAGAGAGUGAAAGAGAGUACGGUCCAGAGCAAUGCUUUUUAGCCUCUUCUCUAUACUAUGGAGGACCUGAUGUGCUCUCACACAUUCCCAAUAACAUGAAGGGUGGACAAAGUGAGGUGACAGUAAAGGAACUGGAAGAGGCCAUGAAUCCAUUUCAUCUAGAAUACACAACUAGAGGAAAUUGGUGGGGAGGUUCCUUUGACUAUUAAAAACAAAGGAGCUCCAAUGUUCAACAGAUCCUUUGAAGAACUAUUUCAGAAAGCUAACCAAAGAAGAACAGGCAUCAUUUUGAAGAAAAAGGAAAAUUCUGGGGUUGAACGUGUAAAGGGCUAUAUUUAAUCAUCAAUAUAACGCCCCAAUGAAUAUUUUUCUGGUUGCGGUGGUUAGUGGUUAGUUUAAAUGUGAAAUUGAUUUCU